UAGGGACGAAAAGAAUUUUUCCUAGAUUGUAAGGGACGAGUUGUCUCUAUCUCCACUUCCGGAAGAUCAAGGACACUAACUCUGAAAAUUCCGAGCAAUGGGAAGAAAUCGCAAAGAAAGUUGGAAUAUUAAUAAAACAAGUAGAUGAAAACGCGGACGAAACUGUAAAGGUAUAAGUUAUAACAUAAUGAAGAAUAUACAUGUACAUAUACCUGUAAGAUAUACAAAUGGAGUUGAAAAUGGAAAAACAUUGGAGCAAUUUGAUGCUGAAAUUGCCAAACAUACUAUGUCAAAUCUACCUUCAACAGAGGACAUUUCAUUUGAAGAAAAAUCAGAUAUUUUAGAAGAAACAGAAGUCGUAAUUAAGAAAACUUUCUGUGAAAAAUGGAAGACAGAUAAGGUAUACAGAGCAAAGUUCCUGCACACGCUCUGUCUUUUCUGGUCUUUUGUGAAUCUGGGAUGGAUAAUAGGACAGUUUGGACCUUCAUUUCUUGACCUCCAGAUUAUUACAAGAACUCGUUUGGAGGAAGGCUCAGCUUUUAUGACUGCUCACUCUGUUGGAUAUUUAGUUGGUUCUCUAGCCAGUGGUAUUUUAUUUGACAGAUUUAACAAAAUAAUGCUUAUUUUUACUGCUGUGUUUGGAAAUGCUGUGACUGUAGCUAUAAUUCCUUGGUGUUCAAGAUAUGAAUUGAUGAUUUUCAUACAUUUGAUAAAAGGAGUGUUUAGUGGAAGUCUUGAUGCAGUUGGAAAUGCAGAGUUAGUUUACAUAUGGGGAGAUUCUGGGAGAUCUUUCAUGCAGACAUUACAUUUUUGUUUUGCCUUUGGUGGAAUUUUAUCACCUCUGGCAACAGCUCCAUUUCUUGCUCCAAAGAGAGAACCAAGGAUUAUCACCUCUGUCUCUAACAUGACUGAUAAUGUUGUGAACAGUAGUCUGUCUCCGUUCAAUAUAGUUAAAACUAGUGCUAUUGACAAUGCUUUGAAGAAUGUUAACCAUACAAACAGUGCCUACAGUAGUCCAUUAUCAUAUACAAAUGGAUAUUCAAACAUAUCAUUAUAUUUAAACGAAACAUUAUCAAAAACAAUAGAAGAAGUAGAAUGGGUAAAACCACAGCAUUCUAUGAUUUAUGUGGCCUAUUUAAUCUCUUCUUGUUUAGCAUUGUCUGCAGCACUGCCAUUUUUAGUCACAUACUGCCGUUCUAAGAAAAGCAAUUUUUCGCCACUCCCUCAGAAGCCUGCAAACAAAAAUGAAGGAGAAAUGACUAGCAAGUCAAGAUGUCUGAUGCUUCUUAAUAUGUGCGUUUUGAUAGGAACAUACAGUGCAAUUGAAGACACUUUUGCAGGAUUCCUAACGACUUUUUGUGUAGAACAGAUGGACUGGACCAAAACACAAGGGUCCUUUGCUACAUCUAUAUACUGGGCCUCCUUUGGAUUGGGCCGAUUUAUUGGAAUAUUACUUGUUAAGUUUUGUAGUCCUGUUAGAAUGAUAACUAUGUACUGUUCUUUGUUAAUUGUCUCAUUUAUUGGAUUAUUUUUUACGUCAUAUGCAUUUUACCAUGGUGGUAUAUGGAUUUGUUCAUCAUUAGCUGGACUUGCCAUGUCUAUAAUUUUUCCAACAAUAUUUACAUGGACAGAAGCUGAAGUUCUGAGAGUCACUGGUAAAGUUGCCUCCCUUUUUCUAAUCGGUUCUUCAAGUGGAACAAUGGUAAAUCCAAUUAUACUAGGAUUUCUUAUGGAUGAACUGACUCCCAUGUGGUUUUGUUAUCUGUUGUUAGGUGAGAGUGUGAUGUUGUUUAUAUUAUUCGUAUCAGCAUUAUUAUUAUCUAAAUAUAUCAAGAAUGCUCAGUAUACUGCCUAUCGUGAUGUUGUCGUGGAGAUCAAAGAUGGUGAAGAGGAACCAGCAGACGUGGCAAGUCUACUAGAUGAAGACCUUGACCUUGAAGAUAUGACUAAUGAAAUAAAUGGAACUGAAUUAGAUGGCAUUGCUUUUGCUGACGAAGAAAAAAAGAAAAGUUAUGAACAACUCAAUAAUAAUGACUCCUAAUGUUAAAGAUCUGUUUGGGUUUUUUUUUGGAGCAAAGAUCUGUAUUUUUCACAGCAUUUUAUUAAUAUAUUUUUUACUUCACCGCUUAUUUUGUGGUGUUUUAUGCAAGGUUGUGUUUUUUAUGUUGAUCAAAUUAAUUUUUUUUCGAUUUAUAUUUGUAUUGUUAUAUACAUAUAAAACAUUUUUUUAUAUGAAUCAUAAUAUACAUGUACAUUGUCUCUCUUCCAGCAUUCCAGCCUUUUGGUUAAGGUGUAAAAUUAUUGUGUUGUAUAACCAUGUAAAUCAGAAAUUGUUGCUUUUAUUUAAUAAUAGUUACAUUAUAUGUAUGUUUCAUUAUAAUACGUUAUUCUGAUUGGCUAAAUAGCAAUCUCGUGAUAUUCCUUAAUCAAUACACAAUGCAACUUUUCAUUCAUGAUGACACGAGGUCCCACAAUAAAGUGCACAGGUAAAUGAAAUAAAAACGUGAUAAAAGGCGUGAUUUCAUGACCCUAUAGGUAAAAAUGUAAUUAUAAGUAUUGAAUGCU